AUGUCUGACGAGGAAUACACGGAGGACUCUAGACUUCUUCCCUCGAGAAGAACGUCGAUCUUUACUCAACCGGUUGGUUCCUUCAGAGGUCCCAAUUCUUUGCACAACUUUGCUUCCUCCUUCACCCGAGCACAAUCCUUUGCCGCUAACCAGAUCGAUGCCAACAUCCUGAAGAAGAGAUCGUUUUUUACAGGGCCCGAUGACAAUGAUUCUGCUGUUGGCUACGAAGAUGAUGAGCUUUUCGACCCUGAUCUCAUGGCUCCUUCUCCAAGAGGUGAGAGGUUGAGCACGGUUCUUCACGAGCACAACUCUUUAAGGCCUUCCAACAUAUUGCCCGGUACUUCGGGUCCAUCUAACUUUAACGAGGUGUUCUACCAAGAUGAUGGACGAGAACCUUUCGAUCACAGGAAUGACACCCUUAACAAAGAAGAAGAGUCAACCAGCAUUCUCUUUUGGGUCACACAGACUGACCCGCUCGGGGCAACCACUGCGUCUUAUUUUGGCAUCAAGCGUGUUGAGGAUAAAGACGGUAAUCUCGUCACCAUCAUCGCUGGCCAAUCCACAGCUCCUCAAACGGUCUUGAACUCUAUCAAUGUUCUCAUCGGAGUCGGACUUUUAGCAUUACCUGUUGGACUCUUGAGGGGUGGAUGGGUCAUUGGUUUCUCAAUGCUACUCUUGGGCAGUGCAGCUACAUAUUGGACAGCCUCAUUAAUCUCUAAAGCAAUGGACACUGAUCAGACCAUCAUGACUUACGCCGAUCUUGGUUACGCAUCCUACGGCUCAACUGCGAAGCUUCUUAUUUCGAUCAUUUUUACAAUAGACUUGCUCGGAUCUGGUGUGUCUCUCGUGUUGCUUUUCAGCGAUUCUUUAUACUCUCUUUUGGGAAAUGAUGCAGCCGGAUGGACCAAGACGAGUUUCAAGUUUUUGGCUUUGAUUGUUCUCACGCCUUUCACCUUCAUGCCAUUGCCCAUCUUGUCUAUAUUUCUGGGUUCGGCAUUUUGGCCACUUUUUCCAUUAUCGUGCUUGUUGCACUUUGUGGACUUCUCAAAACUAAUGCCCACUAACUUGUGGCCCAAAUCAAUACCCGAUGUUUUCGCUGCUGUUGGUAUCAUCAUGGCACCUUUCAGUGGUCAUGCCAUAUUCCCGAAUUUGAAGAAUGAUAUGAGGCAUCCACACAAAUUUACGAACACAUUGGUGACAACUUACACCCUUACAUGCCUAGCAGACUGUUCCAUGGCCAUUAUUGGCUUCUUUAUGUUUGGUGGACUUUGUAAUAAUGAGGUGACGAGUAAUCUCCUUGAGACAGCUGGAUACCCUAGAUGGGUUUAUCCGCUCAUAAGUGCCUUGAUCUGUCUCAUUCCAUUGGCAAAGACACCGCUCAAUGCGAAGCCAAUUAUCUCCACUCUUGAUGCACUUCUUGAUCUCGACAGUCAGAAGGAGAGCAAAUCAAGGGUAUAUGGGCUAAUCAGAGCUGUCCUUCAGUUCCUCGUUCGCGUUGGCGUAAAUGUUGCAUUCGUAUUCUUGGCUAUCUUGGUUCCAGAGUUCGAUAAAAUUGUCGGUGUCAUGGGUUCAUCUAUCUGCUUUCUUGUGUGCAUAAUCUUACCUUGUUCGUUUUACAUGAGACUCUGCAAGAAUAAUAUUAGAGCAGCAGAGAGAGCUUUUGUUACAUUUGUGAUUAUAUGCUCCUCAAUACUUGCAGUAGCUUGUACAUAUUUCACCAUCGUUCAUUAA